AGUUUUUGUUUAGUUUGCUCAGUCACAGGUCUCUCUGAAUCAGUGGCGCUUUGCAAUCCAACGCUACACGGCAUUUUACAACAGGCCCCAGGUCGCAGAGGGGCCCUGAGUCGGACACUUGAGGAUUCAGUUACAGUGCUUUAGAAAGACAAAGAGAGGGAGGUUCAGAGUUAGGGAGUGGGACAAAAAAUUAAGUUAGGUCUCCGGAGUCAAAGCCAGGAAGGUGAGAGGAGGAGGACGCAGCAUUUUUAAGGGACUGUGAAGUUCGUGAGGUGUAACCUCAGGGAAGGUUCAGCGGUCAUCUGGGCUUAACAUAGACUGAAACUGCAUCAUGUGGAGCGCUGCGUCAGCUGAAGAAAGCACAAGACCGUUGAACGCAACGCACGGAGUGGUUCCACGGCCAGGCCGCCACAGAAGGCCCAUGACGGCUCCAAAGACUCAGAAAGAGAAAUCGUCUAAGACGAAGAGGGCGUUGUUGACUGUCGCUGCAGUUGUGGUGUUGCUGGGGAUCCUGAUCACCGCGGCGUACUUCAUAAAGCAGCUGAUCGACAGCAAAUACUUUUUCUGCAACAAGGCUUUCAAGUUCAUCCCCCUAGAUCAAACGUGUGAUGGAAAGGAUGACUGCAAAGGAGGAGAAGACGAACUAACGUGUUUGUCAAGCUUCACGGACAACGUUACCUUUCCAGUGCGCCUCAUAACACGUCAGAGCGUCUUGCAGGUGUACAAUCCCAGCUUGGGAUGGAGGACCGUGUGUAGCGAAGGCUGGACCAAGGAGCACACGCAGACAGCGUGCUCGCAAUUGGGAUACACAAAAGAACCUCAAAGUACCGAAGUUCAAGUAAACACGUUACCAUCUAACCUGAAAUCUGGACCUUUUGGUGCACUCAGGUUAUCAACAGCAAAAAUACCUGUUCACCAAGCUAUAUUUGACCGGAGCGCAUGCAAAUCUGGAGCUGUUGUCUCUUUAUCUUGUUCAGACUGUGGUCAGGGGGACCCCCAGUACCGUAUUGUUGGAGGUACGGAUGCUGUCAUAGAAGACUGGCCAUGGCAGGUGAGCCUUCAGCAGAAUGGGCAACAUACCUGCGGGGGCUCCCUAGUUUCUCCACGUUGGGUCGUCACAGCAGCUCACUGCUUCAGUGGCAGUAAAAAGGAGCUGAGUCGCUGGAAAGUGGUGUCAGGUCGGACACACAUGAGCAUGCUUGGAGGGUCCUCUGUGGAUAGGAUUAUCCUGAAUGGAAAGUACGACCCAGCUCGCAAUGAUUAUGAUGUAGCACUCAUGAGACUCGCCAGACCAAUUGAAGUGGGAGAAAGCCGGAGGCCUGUUUGUUUUCCUCCAAAAGACUUCGGGCUUGCUCCUUCAUCCUCAAUGGUAGUGACCGGUUGGGGCUACCUGGAGGAAAAUGGAAACAUCUCUCCGUCACUGCAAAAAGCCAACAUCGCUCUCAUCGAAAGGCGCAAGUGCGCCAGCCCGACCGUGUAUGGGAGCGCCAUCACUUCUAGGAUGAUCUGCGCUGGUUUUUUGGAGGGGAAAGUGGACGCAUGUCAGGGGGACAGCGGUGGGCCGUUAGUGCACUUCACGUCGUCAAAAUGGUACCUGAUUGGCGUCGUGAGCUGGGGCGUUGGCUGCGGCAGGGAGGGGCGUCCUGGUGUCUACUGUAACGUCGACGAGAUGCUCAACUGGAUUCACGUCGUCAUCGAGAAAAACAAACAAUGAUCUUCACAGUGAGAGACAUCACUCCUACCAAAGACGUGUUUCCCAAAUGGCUAGAGAUGAACUACAGCAAUGUGUAACAAUGUAACGUACAUUGACGGUGAUUUCAGGGUAUUGUUUCUCAUUUGGCAAGCGAAUUCAUGGUGUCACAGGAGUGUAAAGGAUUUUCAUAGGAGGCAUUUUCUUUAGUGGCAAAGGACAGCAACAACCAUAUCAAAUACUGUACGUCUGCACGGAUCUGCUCGAGUCGUGACAUACAUUAGGUAUUAUGUAUAUCUUCUCAUGGUUCAUUCCAAAAUUGAAGGACAAUAUAAGCACUAGCAGGCCACACAUUUUAUGUGUUGUCAGGUUUUCAAGAGAAAAACACAUUCAGGUAAAUGUCUUGUCUGGAACUAACAGAUUAACCUAAGCAAGCACUUUAAGUAAAAAAUGAGAAUGCAUGAAUGAAUGAAUGAAAUUUAUUGUCAUUUUUAUCAUCAUCGGUAUCAUUGACAGUUACAGAAUGUGGGAUAGUUUGGCCAAGAAAGAGAAUCAUUGACGGUCACAGAAUAUGGAAUAAGAGAGUGCUUCAGGAGCUCAGAAAGUGUGUCUGUACACGGUGAAGGCUGGAGCAACAGUGUGACAUUACGUGACAUUACUGUGUGCAUAUGUAUGUAAAUGAUGAUGAAGUGGGAUUUUUGUGUGCCGGGAAGCCUAAAAUCACUGGGAUUAAUAUUCAAAAUACAUCCUAAACCAAUUCUUGAGUUAUGUGAAAAUGUUGGUUUUUAAGUUGCGGUUCUGCUGUAGGUUUGAAAUGAUAGAAACAUAGUGGUGGUUGGUGGCUUGAAAUAAGCAAGUCAAUGUGGAGGGUAUCAAGGAAUACAUUGUGUUGCCAUCAGAUGAUUAUGUGCAAAUUCUUGUGUGUUUUUGCAAAUAUGUGAAUAAAGGCUUGCUAUAACUGCAAUAAAAGACACCCAAAAGACUUAAAUUUCACUUUUACUCAAUAUUUCUUAAGAUUACUUUUUUCAAGCACUCUCCAAAAUUAAGUGGCCUGCUAAGAGCCAGUGGCGCGGGAAGUGGAGUGCUGAGGGUGCAGCAGCACCCCCUGGUGUUGGGGAGAAAAACGUUGGGACAGGGGUAAAAAUAAAUAAAUAAACGAAACAUUGAAACAAUAGCGUAUUUAACUUUGGGGAUUAAAUAUAUAUAUAUGGCGGAAAACACUCAGGUGACUUGAAGAUCCGCUCUGAGACCCCAAUUUGCCAAAUUUCAAAAUCGUCCGAUAUGCAUGUGUGAUACAUAAUUGGAAAGUUUAAAAUCUCAAUUUUCUGGGGGAAGAAAAUUUUUGAACAGGAGGGCAUUUAAAAAAAAAAAAGUUUUUUAAACAGCAAAACCGUAUCUCAAGGUGAGAGCACGCGAGAGCAGAAUUACAGACGCCAUGACUUUAACGAGAUAU